ACUGGUGCACCGCUUAUACCCACAACAGUGACCACAACCAACACAGCCAUCACUGCCGUCACCACCACUACCGCCACCGACACCACAACCGUCGCCACCGCCGCCGCCAACACCGCCGACCACAGCCCACACCCUCGCGGUCAGCAUUAUCUCCAUCGAUGGCAGACAUCGUUCACUAUUGCCUCUACGGGUUGGCCGUCUUCUUCGUCGGCGGUUGGCUUUUCUAAACGUAAAUUAUAUAAGAAGUGUGAAAUGAAAGGAGGGACCGAAACACCGCUUCCCGGGGUAUCCAUAAUCAAGCCAUUGGUCGGAAUUGAUCCCAAUUUGUUCAACAACUUGGAGUCAUUCUUCACAAUGAAUUACUCA